UAAGUUAAUAUCGCUAUUACUUAUAAUAAUGUCAUGCCACUAUUAGAAACAUGGGUUUCAAAGACGGAAGUAGCGACGGAAAAUAGUAAUUAGCGACGGAUAUAUGAUCUAUGAGGCAAGUUUUGACGGAUUUUAAAAGCAUAUCGAUUACCUAAAUUGUAGACAUUUUGAUCAACAGAUCUGCUACCGAAUCAGCAACAACAGAACAUAUCCCAUGCUAAGCCCUCGCUAUUAGCGAGGGAACACGACGGAAUUUCUCGUGGCUCGAUCUGUCGUUGCUAAUACUUCCCCUCCCAAUUAAUUAAUUCCCCCCAAAAUAUUUCACGAAAACAUAAACCCUCUCCCUCCCAGAUCGACGCUCUUACUUCUCCCUCCCAAAUCGGAGACCUUCUUCAUCUCAUUCUCUUAACCAAAUUUCAACCGGACUCCUCCACCACCAACUUCGUCGAUUCCGGCCACCUCCACCACCAACGUCGCCGAUUCUGGUCCCUCCACCCGGCACCCACAACGUCGUCGAUUUUAAAUAUCUUCUCCGAUUCUUGGUAUUUAUUGUGGAAAUUCUCUAGGUUGAUUGUUUCAAUUGCUUGGGGUAAUUUCUGAUUCCUAUAUGCAUAUUUUUGUUUUCACACAUACAUAUGUUAUUGUAGGGGCAAUGAUCCUGGAAUGUGGUUCCAAGUCUUGUCUGGAAGGAUGGAAAGUGGAGUGAAUGGUGGUCCAGUUUCCACGCUUCUUCUGAGGUUUAUCUCAAAUUGUUAUAGCACUUGGAUUCAAAAAACAAAACAUUUUUGUUUCUUAGUUGUAAUGGUGAACUCAAUAUUUACCUUCAAAGGCUGAAGGACCAGUAUGAAGUGUCGUGUUCUUAUCAGGAAGUUGGAGAAAGCUCGUGUGUACAUAGAUUUCUAGUACUAGACGCAUUGAUUAGUCCUUUUUGCCAAACAAAAAUAUUAACAGAUACAUUAUCGGAUGGCAGUUGGCUUUUAAGGCAAUUGCUUCUUUAUAGUGAGACAGAGUUAAACACCUGUCAUCUUCAAUCCCUCAAGCUAUUGGAAGGGUUAAAAAGUUAACUUAUCAUCUCAAAGAUACCUUCUUUUUCACAUACAAGUCAUAGAAGCCACAACAAGGUGACGUUCAAAGGUUCCACUUGAAUACCUUCAAGAUUGCAAGUUUUUGCACAUUCUUGUCUAGUAAUGCCACAAAGGAGGUAUUAUGGCUAAAAAGAUUAGAAACCCAUAAAAUGAGGGACCCCGAUUUGAUCAUUAAGUUGAAGAGGGGUAUGUGUUGUUGUUGUAUUUGUAAAAUAGGGUUUUCUUAGGGGUAUAGAUUACCAUUUUUUAAUUGUUUCUACAUUCUUUUAUCAUCAAAACCCCGAAAAAGAAAGAUUGUUGUUGGUUUUGGUUGAGUGAUCAGUUAUAUUAAAGGAGGCUUUGUCACCAUUAAAGCUGGGAAUUUUUUUUAGCAAUUUGUAGAGUCCUGGCUGUUGGCAGAAACCACCGCUGCCUCCACCACCGCAAUGGGGUGUAGAUGGACAACAUAUAAACUCUGUUUAGCUUGUUUCAUGCUUCUGAUUCUUCUUCACAGCUGUUCUUCACUGAAUCCAGAGGGUGUGGCCUUGUUGGAUUUUCGGGCAGGAGUGUCUUAUGAUCCAUAUGGCGCAUUCACAAGUUGGAAUCCCAGUGACCUUGACCCAUGCUCAUGGUCUAAUGUUCUUUGUGUUGAUGGUAAUGUUCAAGUCUUGGAUCUCAACGGGCUAUCUUUGGAAGGUGUAUUGGCACCUGAGAUUGGGAACCUUACUCAUUUGAGACAUCUUGUCCUCUCACAGAAUCAGUUCUCAGGAGCUAUUCCCAAAGAGCUUGGUGAGCUCACAAUGCUGGAGAUACUAGACUUGAGGGAUAAUAACUUCAGUGGAUUUAUUCCCUCAGAGCUAGGAAGAAUGCAUUCAUUAAAACGGUUGUUGCUGUGUAACAACAAUCUUGAAGGAUCCAUUCCCAUGGAGCUCAGGACUCUCAACUUUCUGUAUGAAAUGCAAUAUGAUGAAAAUCUUUUAUCCCUUGUUGCAGAUGGGAUCGGAUGUCUAAAUAGGAAAUUUGGACAUUGCAUCUGGCAGGGAGAUUUUAAACUUCUAAAGAAAGCUGAUCCUCUUCUAAUAUGGAUUAAAGAAACAGUUAAUAGUUACCUCAAAUUGUUCCAAUUUAUCAUGCAUGGAAAGUGCUCCUCACACAAUUGCCUUAACACUGAAAAAAGAGCUGAAUCAGAAGAAGAAGAAGAAGAAACAGAAGAUGUGAAACAGGAACAUGAUGGGAAUAUCGUACGCCGAAAACUAGCAGAACAAUCUCCAAAUCUAGCAGCUGCACCUUCUCCAAUUGACGGAUUUGGUCCCCCAAAAAUUAUAAAUCUCCCAAGUAGUAGAAGCAGCGGAUCAUUUCCUGCUGUACCAAAAGAAAAAAAAGAAGCUACACCUACACCUAUUAAUAUUAAUAAUAAUAAUAAUCCCCCACCAUCAUCACAUGGCCCCUUUAAAGACUCAACUCCUGAAAAUCAAAAUCAAAAUCAAGAAAGUGAAUCCAAUUCAAAUAUGUGGAAGAUUUUGGUCAUAAUAUUUUGCCUAAUCCUCGUGGUAAUCAUGUGCAUAACUCUUUGGUGCGUGUGUCGAAGUCGGGCAGUGAAGACAAUAGCUCCUUGGAGAAGUGGUAUCAGUGGCCAGUUGCAGAAAGCUUUUGUUACUGGUGUUCCAAAGCUAAACCGGAUGGAGCUAGAAACAGCAUGCGAGGAUUUCAGCAACAUUAUCGAGACAACAGAAGGUUACACUCUAUACAAAGGAACAUUAUCAAGUGGAGUCGAGAUUUGUGUUGCAUCAACCAGUAUGACGAGUCUCAAAGAUUGGUCAAAGCGUGCCGAAUUAGGCUUCCGUAAGAAGAUUGAUGCGUUGUCACGAGUGAAUCACAAAAACUUUGUUAAUGUUAUUGGUUAUUGUGAGGAGGAUGAACCUUUUGCUAGGAUGAUGGUGUUUGAGUAUGCUCCUAAUGGCUCACUCUCGGAGCAUCUACAUGUUAAAGAGCUUGAGCAUCUUGAUUGGCGUUCGAGGAUGAGGAUUAUUAUGGGAACGGCUUACUGUCUUGAGUACAUGCACGAAUUGAAUCCUCCCAUACCCCACUCAAACCUCAACUCCACAAUGAUCCGUUUGACCGAAGAUUAUGCACCCAAAGUUGCAGAGAUGAGUUUCUGGAGAGAUUUGAUGUCAAAAUCAAAAUUAUCAACAGCAGAUUCUGAAUCCGAGCAUUCUCAACUGCCACCACUGAUUGAUACGGAGACAAAUGUCUACUGUUUUGGCCUCUUAAUGCGCGAAAUCAUUUCUGGCAUCAAAGUACCUCUUCUACCUUCGCAGCAGGAAUAUCUGGAUGACAACACGGUUGAUCCAACGUUAAAAUCAUUUAAGCAAGAAGAAGUUGACAUCAUUUAUCAAGUUAUUGAAGAAUGCAUCCAACAAGAUCCUCGAAACAGACCAACAAUGAAACAAGUGGUUCAGAAGCUAAAGGGAGGCCUCGGGAUUUCACCCGAGCAAGCAGUGCCCAGACUUUCGCCUCUUUGGUGGGCUGAACUCGAGAUCUUAUCUGGAGAACCAGUGUAACGAAACAACAAUAUAAGUUAGAUUGAAAAGAAAAUGACCAUUUUACCCUCAGUUUUUGAGGAGUGAAGUUAGAUGGGGGAAACGCUUAUCAUCGAUGCCGUUGCUCGAUUUCAUUCGAUUCAUUUUUCGGGGACUUGUUUGUCGUGAAAUAAGAUAUGUAUAUGUCCUGUGUUAAGUGUCAAGUGUUUUCGUGGUGUGAUAUAUGUUGAAUAUGUAAAUUUGGGGAGAAGAAAACAUAGAGAAUAGCCAAAUAUCUUGUUUUAGGGAACGUUUGUGAAACACCUUUAUAGUAGACCCAAGGAACUAAUCAGUUAGUCAUCCAAUCAAAUUCAAUUUCCUUCA